AUGGGAGCAUCUAAUGCAUCCUCGAGUACUACCUAUACUCCUGAGCCAUCCAGUCCACUCUUUUUACUUUCUUCUGAUGUACCUGGUGUAUCUCUGGUCAGUGUGCCUUUCUCUGGUACUGGUUUUGGGGGUUGGAGGCAGAAUAUGAUCGUAUCUCUGUCCGCUAGAAAUAAAAUAGGAUUCAUUGAUGGAAGCUGUCCGAGACCAGCUGAGGAUACUCCUCAUUUUAAGCAGUGGGAUAGGUGUGAUAACAUGCUUAAUAAAAGAUAUAGUUCAGUUAGUGGGAUUAAGGUGUUUGAGAUUAAGCAAGAGAUAGCAUCUAUUCAUCAAGGGUCAUUGGACAUUGCUUCCUAUUUCAACAAACUCAAAAAAUUAUGGGAUGAGCUGAGGUUUAUGUGCACUAAUCAUGCCAAUACCUGUGUUUGUGCUGCUAAACCUGGACUUCAAAAGGAGGAAGAGGAGAACAGACUACAUCAAUUCCUCAUGGGUCUGAAUGAGACCUAUGUUGAUGUUAGGAGCAACUUGCUCAUGAUGCAACCUCCACCUUCUCUCGAUGAUGCUUAUAGUAUCCUCCUCCAAGAUGAAAAGCAGAGGCAAAUUACUCCCAAUUCUCAUUUCCAAGGUGACUCUGCUUCUUUUCAUGUCAAUCUGAAUACCAAAUCUGCCCCUCCUAGACGGUUUGCCCAGAAAAUCAGUUUUGAUCAGAACAAGUCUCCUCUUUUCUGCAAGUAUUGUAAGAAACCUGGACAUUUGAUUGAUAAAUGCUAUAAGCUCCAUGGAUUUCCACCAAACUUUAAAUUCACCAAAGGUAAACGAACUGCUGCAAAUGUUGAGGUGCAGAGUUCAGUUUGUGCUUCUGAAUCUGGACCAGUUCCCACUGAAAGUCCUGUUGACUCUAAUUCUGUGAUUCCUGGUUUGUCUAAGGACCAGUAUGCUCAGCUCCUGAUGCUACUUCAGCAACAUCACAUUUCAGAGUCUCUCCCUCAGUCUAGUCUCAUGGCCUCUGCAAAUUUUGCGGGCAUAAUUCCUUCCCUGAUUGUGUAG